AUGAAGAUUUUUGUCCUUAUCCUUUCGCUCGCGUGCAUAUCAGCAGCUUUGACAACAGGCCAGACAAAAGCUGCCUCCAAACAGAAAACCUCUGUGAAGGCGUCUGGAAAGAAGGCCGUAAAAGGAAAGUCCCAUGCAAAGACAUCCAAGCCCGUAAAGAAGACCAAAUCCAAGGGGUUGGCCAAGAAAAAGGCAGCUCAGAAGAAGCCAAAGGCCUCCAAAAAGAGCAACCUCCACCUGGUCAAGGAAGCGUUCUAUUUAGACGCAAUGGAGGACUCCAUUGAGGAGAACACCAUGGUCCCUAUCAAGGAGGAAGAAGAAAAAUCAGAAGACUUGAAGGAGGAAGUUGCAGAUGCCAAUGAGUCUGGGGACGCAAAAAAGGAGCAUGAGGUUUCCGAGGAGCCUGAGACUAAAGAAGUCGAAGACCUCUCAAACAAGGAAGACAAGGAAGACGUUUUUGACGGCAUAAGCUGCUUCCAGAUCAUGACCAUGGAUUCUUUGGAGCAAAUGGAAGACGAGGACGCGAACGGCCUUGUUUUAAAAACUUGCAACGUAAAGAACGGCGUGGAGAUUGACCUCGACCUGGAGGAGCUGAAGAGCAUCCUGGGAAAGCACGUUAUGACGAAGGAGGAGUCUGCUCUUAUGUACAAAGUCACAGAAGAGAUAGAAAAGAACAAUGUUCCAUUGGACUCGGUUUUGAUGAAAAUAGUGCAGACCACGCUUCUGCAGACGGUUAUGGAGAACGGGGAGUUUGCGACUACAAAGACUUUUAUAGGCGCAUACACGUACGUUGUGAAGGAGGAAAACCCUCUGCUGGAGAGCAAUGUUAUCACGCACAUAUUCAGAAUAAUUGAAUAA